AUGAUUGAACAAUUCAAUGAGAUGCCAAAAUCAAAUGAUUUAAAUUUAAAUAUAUCUGCAUUUCAAUCACAUCGAAUGCAUCUUGGCACGUUUACUGAAAAUUUUCUUAACGUUUUAAAAAAUCAAUCAUCAGAAAAUUUUGAUUCAAUUAUAAAUGUAUGUCGUCAUUGUGCACAAACAUAUUCAAAUAUUGUUCAGGAAAAUGAACUUAAUCUUCUAUUACAACGUCUUUUUAAUAAAUUAGAUGAUAAACAAAGUGGCUAUCUUCUUCGACAAAACCUUAUGAAAAUAUUGCAAGCAUUUUAUAAUGCUUUGAAUGAUAAUGAUAAACAAUAUGUUAAUCAACCAAAUCAAUGGCCUGUUGUUAAACAAACAAUAUUAAAUAAUGAAAAUAAAUUGAAUGAAACAUCAUCAGAAUCCGAAACAGUUCAACAAGAAAAACGAUCUGGAUCUCCAGUAACAAAUGAACAACAAAUUGCAUCCUCGAUUUCAACUGAUGUAACUGAAAAAAUUAAUGAUGGACAAGAACAAAUAAAUGAUGAACAAAACAAAUUUAAUAUUGAAUUAAAACAUCCUUCAGUUUAUGAAGCUGAAUUUCGUUUUACAAAUGAACAAAAACCAAUAUAUAAUUUAGAGCAUUUUGAUACAAUUGAUCAUGAAAAAUCCAUACGAUUUGAUGAACAACUAAUCGAUAAAAUACAAUUUAGUGCUCUAUUAAUGUCAUUUUUUGGUUUGAAAAAAAAUGAAAUGGUUAUAUCAGCAUUAAUUGAUUAUUUUCGAUCAAAUUAUAAAGAAACAAACGAAGAAAAAAAUGCAAAAACGAUUCUUGUACAACAACGUCUCAUUGAUACCGAACAACGUGCUCAAAGUGAUUUACUCUUUGAAAAAAUGAACACAACAUGUACAGAAGCUAUUAAACUUGAACCAUUGGCAAAUAUUCUUAAACAAUAUAAAGAUGGAACAGUCAUUGAACAGAUUGAACAAGUUCUUCAAACAUAUCAAGAUCAAACACAAUUGAGUAGUACACAAUUUUAUGAACUUGUUGUUAAUAUUUAUCAAACACUCAAUGAAACAAUGGGUGGUGGCGAAAACUUCGAUGAACUUCUUAAAUAUAUUGAUGCUCAACAACCACAAUUAAAUACAUCCGAUCGUACACGUAUUCAUACUCGUCAUGAAUGGUUAAAACGUAUACGUAAUAUUCCAUUCCGAACAUUAGGUUAUCUUUAUAAAGAAGUGAUGGAUAUAAUACAAAAAGAUUCUGAAACAUUUAGUAAUCAACCAACAAAACAUUUAAGUAUUUAUAUUGCUUUAGUGGAAAAUGAUAGAAAUCAAUUACGAUAUGUAGCUACAACAAAUGAUCAAACUGAUUUAUUAUUAGGUAAAACAUUACAACGUGGUACAGGCAUUUCUUUUCAAAUACUUGAUGGUGGAAAAUGGACAUAUAUAAAUCAAACAAAAAAUCAUUCGCGUAUUAAAUUUUUUAAUCCAGAUGCUAAAAAUCAAUCGGGUAGUUUUGUAUUAAUUCCAUUAAAACGUUUUCAACGAACAUAUUCUAAUGGUUUAUUGGGUAUUGAUACAAUACGAGACAAAAAAGAAAAAGCAUUUGUUCAACAUGAAGCACAAUUUUAUGAAGGCAUUGCAUCAGCAUUAUCGGAUACAUUUACAUUUGUUGAUUUUGAUAAGAAUAUGAUGAAAAUUCUACAUCGAUUUACUUAUUGGAUUAAACAACGAUGUUCAAAUGUAAGUAAUCAGUAUAGAUCUUUUUCUUUUUUCGUAAGUCGAUCAAGAUUGAACACGAAUUAG